AACAUCUUCCUAAAUUACAAGCCAGAUCAUAUUCAGCAUCAAGUUCAAAUUUAUAUCAGCCAGGGAAACUGAGUUUUGUAUUUAGUAUUGUGGAAUUCGCUGCCUGUCCCGCUCGACCAGUCCCACGGAAAGGAGUAUGUACAGGGUGGCUUGCUGAGUUAGUUGCACCUCAGCUGCACACCAACAGAAACACUCUGGAUACAAAUGGAGGAAGCUGUUCAACAGAAAAGAUAUCUAUUUUUGCUCGUCCAAACAAUGCUUUCCACUUACCUGCAGACCCAUCUGUCCCAUUAAUUAUGGUUGGUCCAGGAACAGGAAUUUCACCAUUUAUUGGUUUCCUACAGCAUAGGCAAAAGCUAAGAGAAGAACAUACAGACUGGGAAUUUGGAGACACAUGGCUGUUUUUUGGUUGUCGACAUCAGGAUCGAGACUAUUUGUUCAAAGAUGAGCUCAGAUGUUUUGUUGAAAAUGGCACAUUAAAUCAUCUUAAGGUUUGUUUCUCAAGAGACUCUUCUUCAACUGCAGAAGUAGCCCCACCUAAAUAUGUGCAAGAUGUCAUUAGGCUUCAUGCUAAGGAAGUUGCCAAAUUUUUUUUAGGUUACUUCUAUGUAUGUGGAGAUAAGAAGCACAUGGCUGAUGGUGUAAGUGAUGCUGUAGUGGACAUUUUAAGCAUGGAAAUGGAGACUGACAAACUGGAAGCAAUGAAAAUCCUGGCCACACUCCGAGAAGCAAAACGAUAUUUGCAGGACGUGUGGAGCUAA